CUCUCCCGCCCCUUCCGGCCUCGCAUGGCGCCGUCUCUUCCGCUGCGGGGAGUAAUAUGGGGACAAUACACCUGUUCCGCAAAUCACAGAGAUCAUUGGUUGGAAAGUUAACACAUGAAUUUAGGUUGGUUGCAGCAGACAGAAGGUCCUGGAAGAUUUUACUGUUUGGUGCUAUAAAUUUAAUAUGUAUUGGCUUCCUGCUCAUGUGGUGCAGCUCUACAAACAGCAUAGCUUUAACUGCUUACACAUAUUUGACAAUCUUUGACCUUUUCAGUUUGAUAACAUGUCUAAUAAGCUACUGGGUAAUGAUGAAGAAACCCAGCCCAAUCUAUUCAUUUGGGUUUGAAAGGUUUGAAGUUCUAGCUGUAUUUGCAUCUACAGUUCUGGCACAGCUUGGUGCUCUUUUUAUACUGAAAGAAAGUGCGGAGCGGUUUCUGGAGCAGCCUGAGAUACACACGGGACGACUGCUGGUUGGUACUUUCGUGGCUCUCUUUUUCAACUUAUUUACAAUGCUUUCCAUUAAGAAUAAGCCUUUUGCUUAUGUCUCUGAAGCUGCCAGCACAAGUUGGCUUCAGGAACAUGUUGCAGAUCUUAGUAGAAGUAUUUGUGGAAUCAUCCCAGGACUGAGUAGCAUAUUUCUGCCACGGAUGAACCCUUUUGUCUUGAUUGAUAUUGCUGGAGCUCUGGCUCUUUGCAUUACAUACAUGCUCAUUGAAAUCAACAACUAUUUUGCUGUGGACACAGCCUCUGCUAUAGCAAUUGCUUUGAUGACAUUUGGUACCAUGUAUCCCAUGAGUGUCUACAGUGGGAAAGUUCUACUCCAGACAACCCCACCUCAUGUGAUUGGCCAGUUAGAUAAACUUCUUAGAGAGGUUUCAACUUUGGAUGGUGUGUUGGAAGUUCGAAAUGAGCAUUUCUGGACGUUAGGUUUUGGCACUUUGGCUGGAUCGGUCCAUGUCCGAAUUCGGAGAGAUGCAAAUGAGCAAAUGGUCCUUGCCCAUGUCACUAACAGAUUAUACACAUUGGUCUCUACCUUGACUGUUCAGAUUUUCAAAGAUGACUGGAUCAGACCUACCUUAUCAUCUGUGCCUAUUGCAAACAACAUUCUGAACCUUUCGGAUCAUCACGUUAUUCCAAUGCCGUCUUUGAAAGCUGCUGACAAUUUGAGCCCUGUUACCUCCACUCCAGCUAAGCCCAGCAGCCCACCACCAGAAUUUUCUUUUAACACACCAGGCAAAAAUGUGAGUCCAGUCAUCCUUCUAAAUACUCAGACAAAGCCCUAUGGAUUGGGCUUUAAUCAUGGAUCUGCACCCUACAGCAGUGUACUCAGUCAAGGACUUGGAAUACCAGGAAUUGGAGCAGCUCAAGGAUUCAGAACUGGUUUUGCAAAUGUCCCAGGCAGAUAUGGAACAAACACUCGUGGUCAGCCCCGACCGUAAUAAACACCAUUAUUUAUUAUA